UUGGGCUGAAGGCAUUAUGUGUGAACCGUUUCCGAAUCCUUAAAGCGGAUUUCAAGUACAUAAUAUACUGCAAGAGUCGGACAUGUCUUAACAAUGACUAGAAUUCUGGAAGUCGUAUAUGUAGUUUUGGUAAUUGUUCUGGUUGUCAUGGUGAAGAGGAGAGUGGGUGAUGUUUAUUGGAUGAAGCGCGCACAUUUAAAGCCGGCAUGUUUCGUUGCGACAUUCGGAAAUCGAAGCGCUUUCACUACAGUCAUGGAUCGCAGUGAGGAUUUUAUCAGCAAGUGCAGAGGUGUUACAAGCGACAUUUGUAAGAGUUCAUCAGAACUUCUGAAUGGCCGGUCUUCUCCAUCUGCUCUGCCUCAAACAAUGGCAUCUGACGCUUUCCCAGGCAAAGCAGUUUGCACAAGAUGUAGAGAGGACAUCCUAGACCGCUAUCUGCUUAAGGUCAAUGACUUGUGCUGGCAUGUGCAAUGCCUUUCAUGCAGUGUGUGCCAAACUACUCUGAGCGGACACACAACCUGCUAUGUUAGAGAGCGAGAGGUCUUCUGCAAACUAGAUUACUUCAGGAGGUAUCGAGCAUGGUGCUCGUGCUGCGGUGAAACGGUUCACUCCACGGACUGGGUGCGCAGGGCGAAGGGAAAUGUUUAUCAUUUGGCAUGUUUCUUGUGCUUCUCUUGUAAGAGGCAGCUGUCCACAGGCGAGGAGUUUGCUUUGGUUGGACAAAAAUUGUUGUGUCGAGUUCAUUACGACAGCAUGCUGGACGAACUCAAAGGUGCUGCUGAAAAAGGAAAAAACGUCUCUCCUGAAGGUGUGUUGCAUGCAGGCUGUGAAAUAAACCAAAAACCAUCUAAAAGAGCACGUACCAGUUUCACUUCAGACCAGCUACAGGUUAUGCAGGCCCAGUUUGCUCAGGACAAUAACCCAGACGCACAGACACUUCAGAGGCUUGCUGAACAGACUGGCCUUAGCCGACGCGUCAUUCAGGUUUGGUUUCAAAACUGUCGCGCCCGUCAUAAGAAGCACAUUUCUGCCCCUGGUUCAGCAGUACAGACAGGAGAUAUGUCUUCACUCCAGUCCGUGUCCACUCUGAAUGAGCAGCACUAUUCACACACAUCCCUGCUUACAGCCCUGCACAGCAUUGAUGUGCACACACCGUCAUCUCUACUCUAUCAGCCGUUACUGUCCCAAAAAUCAACACAUUUACCAAUCAGCAGCAGCUAAACGGUUUACAACUCAAUGUCGUGCCAGUUGUUUUAACUACAUUUAUGUUGCGGAUACCUUUGUAUUUAAUGUAUUCAAUUAUGUUUUCAUUAGUGCUGUCAAACAAUAAAUCGCAUCCAAAAUAAACGUUAUUGUUCAAAUAAUAUAUGUGUACU